UUGUAUGGUGAUAACUGAGAGUUGAUAUUUUGUCGGUGUUGAAUGUUGAAUGUUGAUUUAAUAAAAUAUUUAAAUAUCAUAAUAUCACAUCCACUAAUUUAUUAUUUUAGUGAUUUUAGUCUACUAUUGUAUAGUGUAUUUAGUAUCUUACCCAUUUGUCGAUAAUUCAACACUCGUGUAUCAAGUGCAUGUUUCAUUAUGCCAUCGCCGAACAUGAUUUCCGAGCAACUCGACGUCAGUUUCGUCAUUGAAGAACUUGAAAAUGACGAGAUCCAAGAAGGGUCCUUGACGGCUGAACAGUACACUAAAUUGUUUUCCGCCUACUUAUAUACCAAUGAAUUGUGUGCCGCAAAAUUCUUAUGGCGCCGUGUUCCUGAAUCAAUGAAGGCCGAUCCCGAGCUAUAUAAGGUCUGGUCAAUUGGUAAAGCCCUCUGGUCGAAACAAUAUACCCAAGCGUAUGAACUGAUUGACUGCAAAUGGUCUGACGUACUUGAGCCCAUCAUGGCUGCCAUCAAGCGUCGCAUCCAACAGGACACUUUGAAAUUCAUUAGCAUGCACUACGAAAAUAUACAACUCGACAAAUUUCAAACGUUUAUGGGAGUAGACAAAGAACAAGCGGAGAGGAUAGUGGAGAGUGAAGGUUGGACAUGUAAAGAUGGAUAUGUAUUACCGAUAGCAAUCAGUGAACCUGAUUUAGGACUAGGGGGUAGUCAAGAAAUUCUGGAUAGAUUGGUGACUCUAUCGUCAUUUACAUCUUACAUUGAAAAUUGAAUCAGUUUUUUGUUUGUGUAUUAUAUAAAUUCAAGGCUGAUUCAAAACCUAUCAACUAAAAGCUAGGUUUAAAAUUAAUUUUAACAAACAAUUUUGUAUCAAAUGUUUACAAAUGUAACAUAUAAGGAUAAAAUUAAAUCUAUCUU